UGAUACGAAAAAAGCGGGCAAGCAAUAUUCAGUACGUUUACGAGCCCCAAACAUAGCGGCUGAAUAGCUUAAGUGCGAAUUGCAAUUGAAAAAUGGCUAAAUUUGCUUUCGAGUUACUUACGCUGGAAAAUGAGGUUUUUACAGCAUAUCUUUUCUGGUCAGCGAUUUUGGUGUUGAAAAUGUUGUUUAUGUCGCUGCUGACAGGAUUUACGCGCUUUAGGACACAGACAUUCGUCAAUCCGGAGGAUGUAAUAAGCAAAAAGCUCAAGGUGAAGUUUGAUGAUCCCGAUGUGGAACGUGUACGCAGGGCACACCGCAACGACCUUGAGAAUAUCUUACCAUUCUUGGCUAUUGGAUUUUUGUACGUACUGAUCAAUCCCAACAAUGGUUUGGCUAUCAAUCUUUUCCGCGCGGUGGGCAUCUCUCGCAUUGUACACACCAUCGUCUAUGCAAUUGUGGUGGUGCCGCAACCGAGUCGUGCUCUUGCAUUUUUCGUAGCAUUGUUGGCAACUGCUUACAUGGCGUUUCAGGUGGCGGUGGUUGCUCUAUACUCGUAAAAAUGUAGAAAAUCAAAGAAACAUAAAUUUUUUAUGCGCUUCGGAUGGCCCGAAGCCAAAUGGAUUUUCUUUUUUUAAUGUAGAUAUUCAAAUGAACAUUUUUUUCAUUAAUCAUAAGUAAUUGAAUGAAUAAAUUAACGCUUUGGCAAGUGAUAACAUGAGCUGACUUGCUGUUAAA